UUAGGUGAAGACGUAGCCCUGUAACAUAGUUUAGAUUAGCAUAGACCAUGUCGGCAUCGCGCCCGACACGUCUCUUGUCGCUCGAGACGUUAAAUAAACCAUCACCACCACCACCAACUUGUCUCCUGCAUAUGUGGUGUGUUGUAACCGCCGCGAGCCUGCGGGGCAGGCCCUGUUCUUGGUCAUGCAUGUUGGGUCGUAACACUUAG